AAUCAGGCGACAGAGGCAGAAAACCGCUGCAGCUGUUAAGCGAACACAACACACGCACGGAAGGGAAACCAGUAGGUCCAGAAACCAGUAGGGACGUAACACCGGUUCUCCGCCGUGAAUGUACAGAUAACUUAGGAGCUCAGGAGAGAGGAAGCAAUUCAACAAAUCAAUCCAUUGUGUUGAUAAUAUACAAUAUCUUUCUUUAAACGUCUUACCGCUGCUCGUAUACUCUGCUAACUUCCGUGAACUAUUGAGAGGCUCCAUUGCUUUAAAAACGGAUUAAUUGGAGUGAACGGCGAUGACGGGACUCUCUCUUUAAAGGGGCUCUGGGUUCUACUAUCCUGCCUGGGUUCUACUAUCCUGCCUGCCGUUAUCUCUAGCUCGAAUCCUUGCGGAAGUACUGACGUGUUAACAGCCAGAAGUGGCUAGUUUAGCUAGCUAGGUAGAGCCGGGUAGUGACACAGCGGCCAUAUCAGAAUGUCAGAAGGGGACAGUGUUGGGGAGUCAAUCCAUGGGAAGCCAUCUGUAGUUGCUGCCUUUUUCACACGGAUUGGACAGGUCUAUCAGUCAUGGCUAGACAAGUCAACACCAUUCCAUGCAGUGCGAUGGGGAGCUACUCUACUACUUACUGCAGUCUACAUGAUCAGAGUGUACAUACUACAGGGUUGGUAUAUAGUAACAUAUGCUUUGGGAAUCUACCAUCUCAACCUGUUCAUUGCUUUUCUAUCGCCAAAAGUGGAUCCUUCAAUGCUUGACGAAGAUGAGGGCCCAUCCCUUCCCACCAAGCAAAACGAGGAGUUCCGCCCGUUCAUCAGGAGAUUGCCUGAAUUCAAAUUCUGGCAUUCGGCGACAAAAGGCAUCGUCAUCGCCAUGAUUUGCACAUUUUUUGAAGCCUUCAAUGUGCCAGUGUUCUGGCCUAUACUUGUAAUGUACUUCAUCAUGCUCUUCUGCAUCACCAUGAAGAGGCAGAUCAAGCAUAUGGUCAAGUACAGAUACCUACCCUUCACACAUGGGAAGAGGACAUACAAAGGCAAGGACGAAACAGGGAAACCUUUUGCUAGUUAAAAUCUCCCCCUUACCCUUCCCCUCCUCAUUUUAAAUUUAUCGGUCACAGUUAGUGGGGAGUGACAAGGGUUAGAGAUUGAUUUACCUUUUUGUAAGCGGAACAGUAAAAUGAAAAAUAAAAAAAAGUUUGAUCCAUGGUUCAGAUGAGGAUAUGACCAGCAUGGAUCAAAUAAGUCUGGGAAUAUUGCCUUUUGUCUAUUUAGGGGUAGGGUUUUUUGUUUUGUUUUUUCUUGAGGACCCCGAUCCUCGUUUUAGGAUUGGUCUGCUAUUGUUCAGUGGUAGGUGAGACUCAAUGCUGCCUUUUUAACCCCAUGGGGUAAGUAUAAAGUCGCCAAGGAGGAACCACACUGGAAAAAAGUUGCCGUGAAAUUUGUGAUUAUUUUUUUUUUUUUUUUUUCCAAUGAUGGGGAUUCCAGUACAUCUCCUUCUCCCAAGUAAAAUAAAUCUGCCAAGUUUUGAUUAAUAUAUUGGUACCUACUUAUUUGUAACAAGUUAUAUAUUAAAAGUCCAUAGUGUUAGAAACAUGACAUAAUUAAAUGUGUAAGAGGAAGCUGAAGGAAAUGCAAUGUCUUUAAGUUGAAUCAUUUCUUCUUUUGUGCCGCUGCUCUGGGUCACAAGUGUCUCAGCCAGUCCUUUGUACGACAUGCAGUCACUUUGGAAAAGUUAGUCACAUUUAACUUGAAUAUGCAUUCAUGACGGGCAGAAAACACCGAUCCUAAUUCAUCUCUUGAAAUGAUUAGCCUAUACCCAGCGCCAAAUAAUUUUAGAUUUCUGUUUAACUUGAAUUGGCACCUCACACAAUUUUGUUAAAAAAAUUUUGUUACCUGAUUCUCACUAGCAUAGCCAGUGGAGCAAGCAUUAUUAUGGAUGAUUAACAGGGACUUGACUUAAAUCUUAAGCCACCCACCACAUCAUUGAAUGCGUUAUUUUAAGCGAGUGUCACUAAUCCCAACCCAUUUGGUCUCCUGUAGCCUGUGGUCUACCUUAAAUCACUUCUUUCUACUUUAGCGCUUUUGUAGAGCUGGGAUACUGUGUCGUUGAGCACCCCUAUAAACCAAAUUUAUUUGCAUUAUUUAAGGUUUCAUUUAGCUUGAUAUGGCAAGUCAAUGGAUUUGUUUUACGUCACAUCUUUAGACCAUUAUGUGCAUCAUUGUUCAAAAUAUACUUUAUCUUCAAAUUGCACAGCCAGUAUUCAAGCCCAAGUCGAGCAAUUACACAUCUAUCCCGACGACCUUUUUCUCUUUGAAACAUUUACCCAUCUAGGUUUCAAAGCCUGGGGUCCAUUCAAUUGAUGUAGACUAGCUGUUUUAGUACUUUAAAGUCUGUUUACUUUGAAAAACGUUUUGGUAAAUAGUCAUUCCAAGCAAACUUUUGUUCUCUUUCUUUUGCAGAGGAAACAUAAGAACACAGAGAUUGAGAGCUUUUAUUAUAACAAAUGGAUGAAGUGGUUGGCGAUCACUCUUUUCUAUAAACCUGUUGAUUUGUUUUUCUCCAUUUUAAUCAGAAUGCUGGGGAUUCUGUCAUUAUUAAACUUUGAUCAGCACUGUAGUAAGGGAUCAAAACAUUUUCCUGUAAAAAGUUUGUUUCAAAGGGUUGUCUGUAGGAUUUGUGUGUAUAUAUAUAUAUUUGAAAAUAUGAAAUUCUUUUGAGAUUAUUUUUAUUUUAGUUUUUUCUUUCAACCACCAUACUGUUUCCAAGUGUUUAAAUCCAUUUCAGUUGAAAUUGAUGCAAGCAGAACUGGUUAAUUGGGUUCUAGAUUGGAUGAAUUAAAUAUGUUUCUCAUAGACUGCAUGUUAUUGUUUUCCUGUGCUACAGUUAUAAACAACUUGAUUUUAACAACUUAAGUGUAAUUUUUUUUUUCACUCCAAAUGCUAUUAAAGAGGCUGUGUCCCUUCAAACAGUA